AUGGCUCAAAAUUCCACUCUCAAUUUUCCCAUCAGAAAUGUCAUCUUCCGUGCGGAUGACCACCUCUACGAAGAGCUAGAACCUGAUUUCAGCGGUUCGCUCGGCGGUUUCAAAACCUUCAACCCCAAGGACGAUCGAUUCCAGCGAUCAGCCAUACAUGUCUCUGCAAAAAAAUCGAAAUUCAAGAAGACGGUUGAGCUUAUCCUCUGCUGCCAUGGUUGGAAGAACCCCGAUAAAGAGGUACCCAUGACUCUGGUUGUCUUGGGUGUAAAGCUAUCCUGCCACGACCGCGACUCUCGUUUCCAGUCGGUGAGGAUCAGUCUUCAAUUUGACGAAGACGACAAACGCGACCCAAGGGACGCCUUCGGGGCACGUCCUCAGGUGGUUGCUUACGCACCAUUUGUACAGGAUGAAUACUGGAACAUUACGGAAGCGAAUGUUGCAGACACCAAUGAAUAUGGAGGGAAAUUGGGCAUAGAUCAGGUCGUUCAAGCAGAAGUCAGCGUGAACAGAAGUUCUGAGGUGUCAUACACUCGGCGACACUUUGACAGGGGAACCGCAUAUCGCCUUCAUGACCAGCAUACUGGGAGAUUCAAUGGCGUUGAGUGGUAUUGUGAGCAAAACAAGCAACAAAAUUACGGUGUUAUGCCCAACUUCCACUUGGCAAUCCUCGUCGAGCGAUCACGCUUUCACGGUAAAGCCAUUUCUUUCAAAGCCGAAUUCGACAUGCGGGCUGAAGCCGGCUUCAGGCAUGACUUUGCACAAGGCCUGCGCCGUACUUUUAGGCUUCUGAGACCCGAGGACGACCCUGUGUAUUUUGAUCCCUCCAAGGAGAAACCUGACGUCAACGGGGUUGGUGGAGUGGGUGAGAAGCUAUUGAAGAACAUCGACAUAGAUAAUCUAGGGGCUCUUGCGGAGGGGCAGUUGUUGACCAAGCUGAUUAAUUCCGCUGAGGGUGUGCUGCCAGGAUUUGAGCCGAUGGCGACAUUGGAGUAA